AUGGAUACUCUCUCCACCUCAGUUUCUUCACUCAAAGUUCCAACUCUGCGUAGGAACUCUGCUGACCUCUACUCAUCUCAUUUCAACUUUCCAAAUCACCACUUAUUCCCUACUUUCACUAAACCAAGUUCAAAAAUCUUAAACAAAACCAACUCUUUUAUCCAGACCAAGACUUUCAAUAUCCCAACUACUGUUCCAUCUAGAAAUCUAUCACUCAAACAAUCCUCCUCAAGACAUCAAACAACUCAUACUAGAGCUUCAAGUGGUUAUGCUGCAGCACUAGUCGAUAUAGCUAAGUCCAACAACUCAUUAGAAACACUUGAAAGGGACGUUAUUAAGCUGUCCAAAUGGCUAAGAAAAGUCCCUUUUGUUUUCUUGGAAGAUAAAGAAAAAGGGUAUGUUCUUAAGGAGAUAUUGUCUAAGGGGAAAUUUCACAAACACUUGGUGGGCUUGUUGAAGCUUUUAGUGGAGAAGAAUAAAGUGGGGAUAGUAAAUGAAGUGUUGAUGGAAUUUGAAAGAAUUUAUGAUCAGAUUUGUGGGACACAAGUGGUUUUGGUUUCAUCAGAUGUGAAAAUGGAGAAAGAUAAAGUUUUUGGAAUAGCUAAGAAAGUACAAGAACUUAGUGGGGCUGAAAAAUUGAAGGUUAAGGUAAGACAUUUGGUUGAUGAUAAUAAGAAAAGGUCACGUUCCUUUGCUCUAUAA